AUGAGAACUACAUCGUUACUCAACUGCCAACGACUCCUGAAUCCGUCCGGGAUUAUCACACUUCAGGUAUGGAUGAGCAUAGCCGAAGAGAUGUGGCUGGAGGAGUCUGACUUGCGUACAGGAAAAUGGCAUGGAGAAAUAUCAACAAGCCUCGGCUAUGCUCUCGCGAUGACCCAGAGCCAAGCUAUCGUAUGGCGGUACGCGCAAGGGACAAUGACAGCGGAGCAGCUCAAGCCGUUGAGUAUCAAGCUCCAGCAUCCUUCCAACAACUCUCGACAUCCAUUACCAUUGGGAAUUCUCGUGCCUACGUCUGCCGAACCAGCUUUGCUUGUCGUUAUGCCCAUAAGUGGAAAAAUUACAUACUGGGAGAGCCUUACAGGUGCCGCAAGUGUCGACUCAAAUCGCCAAAGGCAACAAAGCGUCCAGGGUACUGUCAGCGGAAUGCUGUCGGGAGAAUUCAUUACCAACAUCACCGAGGCCGAACCACGCGCUUUCGUGCUCACCUUAAGUACAGGUAGACUCGCACACUUGAUCGUAAGUGAUCUUCAAGGGAAACCUUCAGUCAACGUCCAGUACCUGCGCGACAACGGCGCUCAAAGCGGCGGUGUGUUCGGAAGCUUGAGGGGCGUCUUUAGUAGCGCCGGCUGGAGAAAGGACAUCGCUGCAGUCAGAGCCGGCAACUCAUGGCAGAGAGGUCAGAGAUAUGUCAUCGUCGCUACCUCAAAAGGCUCGUUUCAAACCUGGGACCUCAGCUGGAACGGAACGCAUUCCUUGGUCAAUGAUGUCGAUGCCAAAGAUGACCUCCUCCACGCGUUGAUAGAAGGAGCGGACGUCUUCCAUGACAACAAAGAACACGUCUUUGAGGUACUGGAUUGUACAAUCUUACCAAGUGGAAGUUCAGGGAACGAGGUAGCAAAAAUGCGUAAAAGUGGGGAUUGCAAGCUUCUCACCUUGACGGUCCUAAAAGGAGCAGAGUCGUCUCGGUAUGCCUUGAUUGGUUUGACUCUUGCCGCUGGCUCUGUGACCAUCGAUGUGGUCCAUCCUAUCACCUGCUACACAACUUCGUUACCUGUAGAGACUCAGUUCAAACCCCAGGUCUUGGUACCGGAGCCAGCUCAGACGGCUUUCCUAAUGUUCGAGAAAAGCAUUGUCCUUGUAUCGCUUGUGGAAAUUGAAGAAACUCCAAGCUCUCAGCUACAAAUGGAGGCUCGCACCCUCGCCGAUCCCUUCCAAGACGCCCUCGACUUCCGGUCUACCAAACCCUACAGAAUUGUUGGGUGCGCUUCGGAAAUGUAUGAUCGGAUUCAUGCGCAAUCAUCUUGUGUGUUAAUGAUCUACGGUUUUGGUUUCGUCCGCAUCUCUGCUUUGCCUAUGAGGGAGGGGCAAUCGGCUUUGGACAGAGCAACGGUGACGGCGAAGACUAAGCUUGAACAAGCAGUAUUCUUCGGAAACCUGUCGCAAGACUUACUCGAUUUCUCUCCAAGGUCUGAGAUCUCCUUCAGUCAAGAAGAAGUCGAAGCCGCAGCACUGAGCGUGAGCCAUUCUAUUAUGAGCUCUACUUCGGUUUACAUGCCUUCAAUAAGUCCAUCGAUGGACCAGCAGCUCCAACGGAGGUCGACAGCUCUUGCUGAUAUGAACAAACAUCUCAGACAGUAUUAUCCGCCUCUUAGUAGACUUACACGGUGGAAGCUCUUGUGGAAUGCCGAGAAGAUGGCUGCUGCGAAAGCUCUGUGGCGAUGCUACAAUGCAAUCAUCAGCAAUCAGAAUAGAUCGUCCAAUGACAGAAGUGUUUUAGCAGAGCUCAUUGAAAGCCUUCACGAAUCCCUGAAGACGGAAAACCAACCCGAGCAUCAUGAAACAGAUGGAGUCAGGCAUUGGUUCAUCCAUGAUGUCUGGCGUUUGGAAUACAUUAUUCCCUGGGCCCAAAACAUGGUAGAGCUGAUGUUCGAAAAUGCCGUGGAGGACAACAAGAGGAUCGAGCCAGCGAUCCAAGCAAGACUUGUCAGUGAAGCUAACGAUAUUCAACUAUCUAGCCUUGAGACGGCUUUCGGCUUUCGUGAGGCUAAUAUGGCGGCUUAUGGCCUUGAUGAUGAAGCUAUGAUUGACGGGGUUCUGCUGCGUGGCUAUGAAGAUUUGCCAGAGAUCUGGACUUCGACAGCGAACAUUGUGGAAAGAGUAAAGACAAUGACUGAUGUAUCUCGAGAAUUGGCCUGCCUCGGUGAGGAUGAUGAUGCAAAUGAAGGUGACCCAUUGCCAGAUCUGGUCCUGAAGCUUGCAGCCGACAAUCCUCGGCAGGUACAAAUCUGUUGCCAAACGUACAUUGAGAGGUUCCGUUGGCUGCAGUCUCGACCGGAACCAGAAAGUAGAGCCGCCGGAGAGAAGCUCAAGCAGGCCCAUUUCGCGGUAAGAAAGGCAUUGUUCAAAAGUCUACCAGACGUUGGUCAGCCAGAGAAGGGGAUCUAUCUAGCCGAGAAAUAUCGCGACAUGGACGCAUUAGCCGACAUCAUCGAAGGCGAAAUGCUUUCGGUAGAAUCUGAUGAAACGGUGCGGCUACUCGAAGAGCGCAUAUACUCGUACUUUGUCAAAUUUGGCACAAAGUGGUCAAAUGCUUUUUUCAAAAAGCACCUCGACGGCGGUAAGGCUGUGGGUAUACUUAACGGCAACGCCAACUUCAAAAAGUAUUUGACACAAUUCUUUCGGCAUCAACCCAGUUACGCAAAGCUAGGCUGGAUUCAUGAAGUUGCAUCCGAGCAAAGCUAUGCAGCCGCCGCAGAAGGCUUGAUGCUAGCGCAAAAACAGGAGACGAAUCUUUGGAGCCGGAAGGUCUCACUGAGUAUGAGCAAAUUAAGUCUCUUAGCGGCGACUGGGAAAGGGCAGGUCAAAGACAAGAGCGCGAAAGAUGCCACCCAAACAAUCGACAAAGAUCUAGCCGUUGUUGCUGUCCAAGAAAAAUUGUGCAAUUACGUGAAGCCAACAAUUCGCAACGCGCUUGAUGCCGACGCCGAGGUAGACUUGGCUUUGCAGAAGUACGGCUCCAACGUGCAAGGCAAGUCUACACUACGGCAUAGCCUGGAGGGACACUUCCGCAAAAUGCUAGCUCUUGAAGCCUUACCUCCGGAAGCUCUGAUCGAUACUCUUACCCUCCUCGGCGGUGAGGGCGCUUCUCCGGACAACGAAGGCUUCAUGGGUUCCCGCUUCUUCUACGCCUUCAAGGUGAUGAGAUUAGCCUCUGCCGAAACGAGUGACCCUGGAUUCAAAGAGCUGCAAGAGAAAUUUAUCUGGAGGCGAUGCAUGAUCCAGGAUGACUGGAAGGCUAUCAACCGUACUGAGCUUAAAGACGAUGCCCAGGCCGAGGUCGAGACUAGCGCUACAGCCCUCUUUAAGACUUUGAGAGAAGGAUUCAGGACCGGCUUCUGGGACAAGGCUGUACCUCUUCCUCCCGCGAAAGUUCUCGAGGCUGGCAUCAGUAUUGAAGCUCUUCGUGUAUCCUCACAUUUUGCCAACAUUCCUGAAAACUCGCUAGCAGUGUUAGCGCAAGAUCUGGGGAAGGAGGACGAGCUGUUGGAGAAGUAUAUGGAGGAGGGCCGGCUGGACGAAAGAUGGAAAGGUGUCGUUGAGGCCGCAAAGGCUUCGGCGAGAGACGAGGCAGACUCCAAGGGUGAAGAGCAACUUAGGAUUCGAAACGUUCAGGAGGAAUUCACUGCUAGGAUGAUAGAGAAGGAUCGAGAAGCCUAUCCAAAGGCGGGUAGCAGAGAGGAUGAUACAACCAUUGAUGACCAAGGCGACGUGAUCAUGGGCAUGUGA